CGAUAUAAUGUCAACAAACCCUAAAACGGCUGUAAAAAUGACGAUUUAAACAACUUUACAGCUUAAAUAAUACACGAGUUUUAACAGAAGAAUGAAUGUAAGUGCUUUUAUAAAAUUAUAAGCUUCACAUUUCUGCCUUUAAACCCUCCAAAAAUUGGCCCCAUUCACUUCCAUUGUAAAUACCUCACUGUAACCUCGAUUUGUGCUUUUUUUUAAGAAGGGACGAGUUGAAUUACAUUUUUUGUGGUAAUCACUAUUAUGUCAAAAAAUGCUGUCGACUGAGCUUAACUUGUAUUGAACCCGGAAUAUUCCUUUAAGGUAACAAUUGCAGGUUACCACUUUUUACAGAAUGGUUGCAAUAAAUUAUGAAGUCAAUUAGAACAUUGUUCCUUCAAUAUAUUAAUUAUUGCAUUAAAACAACCAUAAUAAUUACUGUACAUUAAUAAUUGGAAAAGCUGUUAAAAUAAUUUGAAAACAGCUUCCCAGUAUCUCAUUAAACAAACAUCUCUCCUUACACUUCUAUAACACUGUUAUUAAGAGUAUUGUUCUCUGUUGACCCUGAAGACACCCUCAUGUGCAGCUCACUGUGGCAUUAUAGUUAAAGGUGUGGUGAGUGUUUGUAUCUGUGUAAAUAUAGGCUUAAUGUAAAACGUAUUGUACACUACCAUGUAUAGGUUGAAGGUUUUUUAAAUGUGUAUAUAGACAAAUAUAAAUUGUGCUUAAAAUAUUUCUUUAAAAUCCAAAACAUAACUUCAGUUAUUAUUUUCCAGGUGAUACCUAAUGAAGCUGGUUGAGAGGAUGACAAGAGUGUGCAAAAAUAUAGCAGUUUUGAUUUGUUUAACAUUUUUUAAAUAAUGUCAACACAGAAUUUGUCAAUACAUAAUUACCAUACUUUCUUUUUUGUUAUUUCAUAGUAUUGAUGGCUUUACUAUAAUUCAAACAUGUAAAUAAAAAAAUAGUAAUAAUAAUGAGUAGGUGUGUCCAAACUUUGUUAGUGUACAUAUAGAUGGACAACAUUUCACUGUUAUUCCUGAGACUUAAAAUACAAUAAACUUCAUUCUUUGGAGCGAUAUGCUAUGGUUUAUCGUUUCAUCCAACAGACAAUUCAGCAUUGAACUGACAGCUUUCCCUCCUCCUUGAACUUCUGAGCAAAUCUCUAAUGAAGAGCUCGAGCGUUCAUCUAAUUCCCCCAGUCUCUCGAGCUGGUGCAGUUAACACGUGAGUCAGCGCGCGGUUCCUGCUGGAGGCGCGCGUGCGCUGUAGUUGCCAUGCGCAGAGUGAGCGCGCGAGAGUGUUGGGCAAAGUGGCAGCUCAUUCUAGCGCGCGCACACAAACACACAUCAUCAUUCAGAGGUUCUGCGCAAUACUGGAAACAACGCGCUGCCGCUCCGCUCAUACUGGAUUAACUAAACGCGAUUGCAAAAGAAUUGCACAAGAAAGUGGAACAAAGUUAUGGAUGAAAGAAUACCGAGAAUGCAGGGCAGACAGUUCCUGAAUCACGCUGAAUUCUUGGGGGUUGAAUAUUCGUCUCUCUACAUGUGCAAAUCGAAAAGAGGGAUGAAGAGAGAAGAAGGAAAGGACGUUUACAAGUUACCACACAGACUGAUAGAGAAAAAGAGGAGGGACAGAAUAAAUGAAUGUAUUGGGCAGCUGAAAGAUUUAUUACCUGAACAUCUCAAACUCACGACCUUAGGUCACUUGGAGAAAGCAGUUGUUCUUGAAUUGACGCUGAAGCAUUUGAACGCUUUGACAGCUGUCACAGAGCAACAGCACCAGAAGAUCAUCGCAUUGCAGAAUGGGGAACGAUCGUUUAAGUCCUCUCUCCAGGCUGACUUAGACGCUUUUCACUCAGGCUUUCAAGCGUGUGCCAAAGAAGUCCUGCAGUAUCUGAACAAGGUGGAGAACUGGACGGCGCGCGAGCAGAGGUGCACGCGACUCAUCAGCCACUUGCACAAAGUUUCCGCGCAGUUCCAGCCGGGCGCGCGACUCCUGCAGCAUUCAUCGCCCGACGACGACGCUCAAGAGCGGGACGUGCAGAGAGAUGCUCAAUCCAACUGCGUCCCUGUCAUACAGAGGACUCAGAACCUCGAGCUGAACGAGAACGACACUGACACCGACAGCGGAUAUGGAGGAGAGGCGGAUAAAGGCGACGGUAAAUGCGAGAAAGGAUGCGACGCGGCGAAAGGAGUUAAAAUCAAGCAGGAGUUCGGAGACGAGCGCGUCGCCAAGAAACCCAAAAUGAACUGGUCUGCGAACGGCGCGUCUUGCUCAGACUCUGCCAAUAACCGGCCGGACUUGGCGCUAAUGAACUCGUUAAUGGGAAUGACAGGUGUCGGUGGACAGCAAACUCCGUUUUGCAUGCCAUUUUACUUCAUAAACCCGUCCGCGGCGGCAUCGUACAUGCCUUUAUUUGACAAAAGUAAUUUGGAGAAGCUUGUGUAUCCAGCAACAGCAGCGGCGGCGCUGACCACCCCGUUCCCCUGGCUUUACCCCGGGAUUCCCGCGAACGCCUCUGCCGCAGCCUUUGCGUUUCCCGGAGUCUCCCAAGUUAAGAGCUCUGGAUUUGAUGCAGCAUCCUCUAAAGACAACGACCCGACGUUUCCCGAUGAUGAGCUGUCAAACGAGGCCGUGCUGGCCUCUCCCGAAUCUGGGGAACAAGGGGCAGAGAGUGAUGCUGGUCAUCAGCACCAAAGAAACGAAAAUGAUGGCACAUAAAGCUGAUACUUUAAUCUUUCAGUGCGCACUAGUUUGCUUGUAAAACUGCUUCUAUUUAUCUGAUUCUUAAAUUUAAUUGUCAUUAUUGAGUAUUUACAAUAGUGUUUCUAUGGAUUUCCAAACAAAGGCUGUUCAUUUAUUUUUUGUAUUUUUUUUCCAUUAUUAUAUUUAGUUGAAAAACACAACAAAAAAUUUCACAUCAAAUUUACUAUUUAGUUUUUAAGGGUAGACUGGGGGAUGUUGUAACCAGUGUUGGGUAGGUUACUUAAAAAUAGUAAUCCACUACAAAUUACUAAUUAUUUAUCUGAAAUUGUAAUCAGAUUACUUUACUGGCCGAUAAUGAUACCAAUAUGUUGCCACUUACCUUAUUUAGUCAUCAGAUUUACUUGGGAAUACAUAAACAUUUAUUAAAAAAAAAAAACGUAAAAAACUUUUCUAACAAUAAAUAAUUUUAUAUAUAUAUAAUUUUCGAUUAUCUUAGAAGUCAAGGGUGUAGAUUUGGCUUGAACAUUUGGGGGUGGGGGGUGUUUGCAGCAUUGAAGUAUAAAUAAUGGUGGGUUGUACUUGCUUGUUUUGAUUAUUGCUGGGGGGGGGGGGUGGAGAAGUCAAAGUCUGCUGGUUUCAAAGUGUUUUGGAUGAUUUCCCUCAUCAUGUAGCCUAUACGCAAGUGUCACGUCCAUUUAUGGAGUUUUAUUACGUGGAUUGGAUUGUGCAUUUGAAUUCACAGUUUUUACAAAGUGUGUUACUAAUUAAAUACAAAUAAACCAUCUGUUUUUAAUAUCGGUGUUUUUAUGCUUAUAACCGAUAUGCAGAUGGUUUUAAUUUGGUCAAUAACUGGCCGAUAAAUAUCGGCAGCCAAUACAUCGGUGCAUCCCUUAAAAUAAUGUCUAUAUUUCUUUUGUUGUUCAUUGUCACUCUCAAAUCAUACACACAGCAACUCACAUUUCUCCUUCACAAUGACUCGUUAUGGGGCCAUAAUUCAUGUAUUCUACAUAAAUAACAUAUUAAAAAUAAGCAUAACCCUAUAAUGUACUUAAAAGUAAUAAAAUUAACUGAAAGUCAGUAACUAAUCUGACUACAAGAAGUUAAAAUGUAAUGCAUUACAUUACUUUUAAAAUAAAAAAUAAUUUGAUUACUGUAACUAAUUACUUUGUAAUUGUUUUACACCCAACACUGGUUGUAACAGCCAGUGCCUUUUGCACUGAGAUAUUUGAAUAAAAAUAAAAACUUAUUGACCUUUAUGUCUUGCCAUCCAAUGGCAUAUUGGUUAUGACUGAAAAUGUGUCAAAUCUCAGAAUUUGAUCUGGAAUCAUUGUGUUGUUGUGGUAGGAUUUUUAUUUUUGAUGAAAUAACGUAGUUUAGUGCAAUGCGUAUUAGUAAUCUUCUUUAAGCUACAGAAAGUUAUUUUCAAAGAUUUGGAAUUAUAUCACAUAUUGGACUCUUGGAUGUAAUGUCUGAUACUGACCUCAUGCAGGCUGGUGUGACUGCUGCAGUAUUUGUCAGAUAACUUUCUCUUUGCUAUAGUAAGACUGGAAGCAGUCAUAAUUUCUCUUUUAAUGUUCAGCACUUGAAAGAGUAACUUAAAUACCUCAACAUCCUUAGAGAUGCUCCUCUGGUAGGGGUGGUGAUAAAACAUUUUUAAUUGGACAAAUAAUGUGAGCAGCAAUCCUUUGAUGUAAUGUUACAGCACCCCUGUCUUUCUCCCCCCAAAGCAAUUCAUAUAAACAAUUAAGUUUGAAUCUGUUGUACGAAGGAAAUCAACACUCCAAAUUACAGUAGAAAGGCAAUCCCCCGUCAAUCAUCAUUAAAAGUACUUGUGAUUUCACGAUAAUGUUUUGACAACUCUUUGUCCCCUGUCAUGUGACUUAGUCACAUUGCUUGCACCUCUAACAAAAAUAUAAAAGGUAUAUUAGCACCUUAUGGAACUUUAUAUUGAAUGUAAUCUGUGUUCUUUUGGUAGAUAUAAAAGUUUGUACUGUAUAUAUUCUGAUAAAAGUAGUUAUUUAAUCCAGAGGUUAAGUGCACUUUUUCUUGCCUUCUCAGUUUCCUAACACAAUCCUCACUCUUAAUUUUUAAGUCAAAGUCCUUCGAAUUCAUACUAUAAUGUAUGUUUUCUUAAAGAAAUCUUCUUAACUGAAAGGAAAAUAUUGGAUUAUGUGUAUCUAUGUAUGUAUAACAUCACGAUAAAUGAUUUUUGAAGCUCACUUUUACCAAUAUUGGCUGGCUCAAGUCACAUCCUGGGCUUAUUUUCAAGAUUUACAAUGAUUCUCCAGUGACAGUCCUUAGUGUCUAGUUGGGGAGACAGCUGUCACCAUUUUUCUUCUUUUUUUUUAAAGUAAGGUAAAACUUUUAAAGAGAUUAUAUCAGUCAUGUUUUGCUUUACUGAAACAUUGUAACAAUUCAUGACUUAUGACAAGCUAACUAAACAAGGGUCAUGCUGUGUAUUGUAUAACUGUUGUAGAGCACCGUAACAUGACACAUGAAUAAUGUAAACAAACUUUUGAACUGGAUAAAAAUUCAGAAGGUGCUUUUACAUUAAAGAUUGACUGACACGGCAAUGGAAGGCUCACAAGUUAUACUGAAUGUGUUCAUGAAUGCAUAAGAACAGUGAAGUAAACUCUGCCAUUUGUUUUUACAUGGUAACACAUUUCAUAGGCCCUAUAGUGUCUUUGCCUCAACUGUCAUUUUGCCUAAACAGUGGCAUUUGGAUGUAUAUAGUUUGUGAAUAUGCUGUAUGUUUAAUGUUCAUGUUGUAGAGGAAAUCUGUGGAUUUUUUUAAAGGAUAAACUGAGCAACUGCUGCACAUGUCCUUAAUGCUUUACACAUUUGCUGUUUGAAUUUAUGCAGCUCAGUUGUCAAAUAAAAAUAAGCUCAUAUGAACAAAA